AUUUCAGUUCCUUUCAAAGCCCAAUAAAAUUGGGCCGAAGCAAACGCUACGCUGGGCCUUCAGAGAAUCAUCCCUUCGGAUAAAUACGAACAAAAUCUGGCUACGUUCUUCGCGGGAAAUUGUGAAGGAACAAUCUUUCGUCUCAGUUGGCGUUGGGACGUCGAACAUGGCCGGAAAGCAAGUUGCCAGCACUGGUCUACCGGAGAGCAUCGCAGGAAUGUCGAAGAACCAACUACAUGAUAUAAUGUCUCAAAUGAAGACUCUGAUCGAACAGAAUCAACAGCAGGCAAAGCAAAUCCUAAUCCAAAACCCCGCCUUGACCAAAGCUCUUUUUCAGGCGCAGAUUAUGCUUGGGAUGGUGCGGCCUCCUCAGAUUCCAAGCGUCAAGCCUUCAGCCCCACAGCAUCCUCAGCCAUCAACACAAACAACUCAACAGUCAAAUACUCAGCCAACUCAAACAUCAGCAAGUCAAAUAAGUUUGCAAGAACAGACAGGGAACAUCCAGCCUCAGUCAGCACCUCUGAUUCCCCUGCAAACACUGCAGCAUCCCAAGGGGUUUGAGAUGCCCCAAGCGAAUUCCAUUUCCGUCUCACAGCCAUCUCAAAUUCCGAGUGUACCUCCGGUACCUCCAUCUGCUGCUCAGCCACCUUUACUUCAUCAACCCCCGAUGUCAAGUGCUUCCAUGCAGCUGCAGCAGCCAUUACAAACAGCUGAAAUUCCCCAUCUGCCUCUACAGGCCCCAUUGCCCCCACAUUCCAGAGAUCCUACGGGUCCAACUUUUCGUCAGCACUACCCCCCUCAAACGGGGCACAAUAUGAAUUACCAACCUGCUCAACCCAUGUUUCAUUCAGGUUCCAAAUUCCCUCCUGGUAUAGGAAAUUCAUUUCCCCAGGACGGUCGCCACUUCCUAAUCAACGACCCCCUCAGUCAUUGUAUCAGUAUUAGCUCCUCAAUGCUUAAUAUUGCGCUUGGUGCUCAUUUGUAUCAGGCUGGAGGUUCUAAAGUAGGUACAGAAGUCAUGAAUCAAGUUGGAACUUCAAAGCCUGUGGACAGAGGGCCUUGGAUGCAUGGCCCUCCAGAUAAUCCUACACUUCCACAGCAACUCUCAGGACCACCAGUAAUACCAUCAGGCACUGGCCAGAUGGGCCCCGGCAAUCAGCCUCGUCCUGCACCACCGUUGAGUCAGGAGAUGGAGAAGAUGCUACUUCAACAAGUCAUGAGUCUCACACCAGAACAAAUUAAUCUCCUGCCUCCAGAGCAAAGGAGUCAAGUGCAUCAGCUACAGAAGAUGCUUCGCCAAUAAACAGUGAUCUGGAAGGGAGGCAGUCUCAUCUUGAUUUAUCCCUCUUCCUUUCCCCUCAACUCUUGCAUCAUUGGACAUCCUCAAAAUGGCAUUUAGGCUUCUAAGGCAAGUUUUUUACUAUUGUCUAACUUUUAAGUAUUGACAUUCAGAUUGAUAUAUUACAGUUAUAAAUUUUGGCUUGCUGCCUAUCCGUAAGAGUAUUUGUUUGCUGUUGAAUUCGCCGUUAUUUAUCUUACAUAUUUUGGUGAAUAACCAUUUUGGUAAA